AUGAGUAGUGUUGUAAAGAAGUCACUUUUCGCUCCGAAAAUCAAAAAAAAUGCUUUGCGGCGUAAAUCGGUCACGCUGACUACCCCGUUAACUCCUCCAGCAACACAGGCAAAACCUGCUAGUGAAGAUACUGUCAAAUUUCGCAUCGGUCAAUUAUCUGAAAGUGCCGUGGUUGCGGAAGAAGAGGCGCUAGACCCUCAGGAUUCGUCUAAAGGUGUAGUAUCCGAGCCCACAAAAGCUACUGGGGAAGGCGAAAGCGAUAUAGAGGAAGACUAUGGCGAAAACGAUAUAUUUAACGAACCUACAAUCACAAGAAGACAAUCACUGGUUGCUUCCCAAAGACGUCUAUCGGGUAUUACGCCUCCAGUGGUCCGGCAGAGGCUAGGGUCGAUCUCAGCGGGUCCAACCGCCUCAAAUGUAACUGAAGAAAAUGCUCCUCCGAUGCGAAUUUCUAUCCCGGUAGCCAAGCCUACCAAGAGAAGAAGGUCUCUGGUGGCUCAGCGGCCUACCGUUUUGAAGACACCGAUGUUGCGGAGUGGUGGUGCUACAGUGGUGGCUGAACCUGGUCCAAAUGUCGAGAAAGUGGCAGAAAUUGCUCUCGAAACUGGUAAGAAAUAUGUGAUGGGAAUUGAUCCGAAAACCAACAAACUACGCAAAUUCAGAGUAAAUGGUAAUGCUUCGGAGGCCGAGUUCACAGAGUCUGUUUCAGAAGGCGUGCCGGAAGAUGAAGAAGAUGGCGAGUACGAUGGUCCAGAGAAGAUACCUGUAGCUCCCAAGAACCUUGAGACAAGAAUAACCAGCAUCAAACAACUUCCUCGUAUGAUUCGCGAGGAGGACAUUCCUCUUUUGGAGCGAGUUCAGUUGGACGUGAGUGAUAUAACGAUGGCUGAUUUGUGUAAGCCAACAUUGGAGAUUGGUCAAAUAAGUGAAAACUUUAAUUUGGUAAAAGCGGCUCAGAAGCGGAUUCGUAAUGAGCGGAAACAAAGGAGGCUGGAAAGGCUUCAGGCACGGUUGGAGCGUCGGGCAUUGAAUGAUGCGGACACCGUGAAGCUCAAGACCGAAGAAUCACAGAGGAAAAAGGCCCAAAAUGAGCUUCUCAACCACGACGAACCAGCAUCACAAUCUUCAGGUUUACGACUCAAACUUGACAAAUCUGGUAAAUUGGGCGUGGACGAAGACUCCACCAUAGUCAACAGACAUCGUAAUACAACCAACCUGACUAUGUCAAGAGAAGAGUCCAAUCCAUUUGAGAACCCUGUGACAUCUUCUACAUAUUCCAGACGAAAACACACCGACCGAUGGACACCGGACGAGGCAAUUCAGUUUUAUAAUGCGCUCAGCACCUGGGGUACUGACUUUACUUUCAUUGCACAGCUCUUCCCGUAUAGAACAAGGAAGCAGAUCAAACUGAAGUUUAACUUGGAGGAGAAGAAGUAUCCCGAGAUUGUCGAAUUGGCACUCAAAAGGAAACUUCCUGUGGAUUUCGAAAAGUACUGCUUGCAGUCAAAUAACAAGAUAGAAUCGUUGGAAUACUACAAUGAACAACUCCGCCAGGUGCGGGUGACUCAUGAGGAGCAUAUGGCAUUGAUCAAGCUGGAAAGAGAAAGGGCACUCAAGGAGGAUGCCGAGGCGAAUCGUCGCCGAGAAAUAGAGAUAAGAACUGGAUCCAAGCCAAUGACAAGAGCAGAAAAGUUGAAGGAACUUCGAAAGAAUGAGAUGGUGGUGGGUCUGAUAGACGAUAAGAAGCGCGAGGAGGAAUAG